GGCGAGCGAAGCAUCGGGCGGAGCAUCGGGCGGAGGAGCAGAGCGGAGCAGUGCGCGGUGACCGGGGGCUGAGCGUCUGUGCAGGGCCGUGCGCGCGGCGGGACUCACGACAGGGAUUUGACAUUUCACCACCGACGCGCUCCGCCUCUAUUCAACUUGUUUUUCAGCUCUCUUCUCUUGCCAUGUCCAUGUGUUAUCGCCGUGAGAGGAUUGAACUUGCCAGCAGUCUAUAUUUGCCGAGGAGGGAAACCAAUACAAGGGCUGGCUGUCUCGUUGGAGUGGAGUAUUAUUAGCACUUCAGACAACUGUCCUUCUGAUUAUGUUCCUUCACCAUUUGAAGUAAAAGCAAACUAUCCUCACUAAAUUAUUUUUGCUAUACCAUAAAAUACUGAGCUCCCAUGCUGGCGGCGAACCAUUCUCCACUUCACAUCUUUAGUCAUGCCUGCUACAAAUCCUGCAAGGAGACGGACACCUGCUCCAAAGAGGGGCAGCCAGAAGGCGAUAAACACCAGGAGGCUAACCGCUAACUCAAAUAAAACCAGAGGCAGACCUGCGAAAAGGGCACAAGAUGCACCAGCUGAACCCAAAGGUGCUACAGUGGGACAGGGAGGAAAAGGUCCACGGGGACGUAAGGCAAAUGGGCCUAAUGUGGACUCAAGAGGGUCACCUAGUAAAGUGACUGGGGCUGUGAAGGUGAAACAACAAAAUGAUGCACCAGCAGAGCAUGAGGAGAACAACCAGGGGAGACGGAAGUCAUUACGGGGCACACAGGCAGCUAUAACUGUCAGCCAAAUUUCCAAACCAGCUACUAGAGGAGGACGAAGAAGGAAUUCAGGGAGGGAAGCAGCCCUACAAGCUAAGUUGCCAUGUAAAGAACUUCAAAAGAGUAGUAGUAGUUGUUCAACUUGGGAAAAUGAAACCAAAACACUUGACAAAUGUGAUGCUGAGGACAUCCCUGUUUCUCUGAAAACCACUUCUGAACUCCAAGCUAAGGUCAAAGAUCAAGGUGUAAGCAAUGCUAAAGAGGCCAGCCCCUUAAAAGCAGACACCCCACCUUGCACUGACACACUGGAGGACUUUUUACCAGGCAGCAGUGACAGCACUACAACCGACAAAGAUGGAGCUACACAUGGUGAAAAUAAUGAGGACAUGCUAAGGUGUUUCGUUGCUGUCCUGGCGAGCGAGACUGAUGGACAAUCAGUGGUCUGCAGUGAUGAUGCUAAAGUUAGCUCAUUGGAGAUUGAUUCGCUGUCAAAUUCAGCGCAUCUCACAAAUGACAUUGCUCCUGCCACUGCGAGCCAUCAUAGUGACAGUGAGACAGAGCCAGAUAACCUUCCAGCUAAGAUGGAACAAGAUAAAUCAAACAUACUGGAGGAAAGGGAAAGAGCAGAAAAAGUGGAAGAGGAUGUACAGAGAAAUGAGGAAGUCACUGAUAUGGAAGCUGAACAAGAGAUACAUGAGGAGCCAACUCAAGUACACAAAUGUUUGAAGACUGACAAGAUGGAUAAAGCCAAACAAGAAUAUAAACACAGUACAGAAAACAGUUUACCCUCUAGUGGUGUUGAUGAGUUGAAAUUGAGUUCUCAAUUUUCCCGACCAAAAAGUCCUACUCUUUCUCCUCCCAGUCUGCCACCUGUCUCAUAUUCAACUACCUCAGCGUGCACCAAAGCCCAUCCCUCUCCAGAACUUCUGAAUCUGGGUGAAACAGGAGGCCAGCUUAGCACUGAAGGAAAUACAGAUCUAUGUAAUGUAUCUGCUAAUCCAACUCCUUCAGUGAUAAGAAACACACCAGUUAUUAUGUGUAACAAAUCAGUCAGACCAAAGGGGCUAUGGGAACCGCCCCUAAUGCAAAACCUGGACGCCCCUGAGAUGGUUAGACAAGCCAAAGAUAGUAAAUCCUGUCAAGAGACCGACCACCACCAGGAACAAUCCCAGUUGUCCUCAUUGUCCACACUUCCUCCUUCUAGCGCAGCUGAAGUUGAGCCGAACUUAGCUGAAGACACAAACACAGUCCCAGAGCAAGAUCCACCGGCAAAAAUUUCAACCUCUACUUUUGAUGGCACCUCUGUAUUUUCAUACAGCUCCGAAAGCACGCGUUCCUCUUUAUCUUUUGAUACCGAGUCGGGCACGGAGGCAGGAUACGAGGAAUCUCCGAGCCCCUCUGUCCCACCUGGGUCUGGGAGCGGAGAAGGGAUGGGUGAAGAUCUUCUCCAAAGGAGGGGGAGGAAGAAGCGGAGCAGGUGUGGAACAUGUGAGCCCUGCCUGAGGAAGAUCAGCUGCGGCCGGUGUAGCUGCUGCCUCAACCGCAGGACAGGACACCAGAUUUGUAAACUGAGAAAGUGUGUGCAACUGCGGAAAAGAAGAUCUCGGACAACGCUGUCUUCUGGAGCUAAGGUGGUUCCAAAAAACUGGUUGGUCAAUGGCAAAACCCACAUGGAUGCCUCCCACUCAGCAGCCGCGGACGAAGAUGGGGAGGAAGAUGACAAUAUACCUCAAAUACACACCAACAGCAAUCACCAAUAUGCUUCAAAUCAUGCACUUCCAAGGGGUGACCCAGUGUGUUACGGGCUUCACCCAGUCUCCUCUCUAACGCUGCAAAAUGGCUGCUCUAAGACAAAACCUCACGGUGCUAACAUGACCACAAGGUCUUAUCCUGAACCUCGAAAGAGCACAAUGACUUCUGAAACUCCAAGGACAAUUAUAACUAUGGUCCCUAAAAAUGGACUCAAGAGUCCGCCUGAGGACUUCACGGUUCCUCUGAAAAAGAUCAAAACAGAGGAACCUUGGUUGUGGUUUACAGAACAGGCGACGAAACACUUGCGAGAUGUGGAAGAAGUUUGCGAGGAUCCUUUAUCUACUUUGGCUGCGGUGGUUUGCUUGUCGGUUACAGAGAGAAAGGGACUUGAAGAUAAAAUCUUUGGUUCACGUUCAUCUAUUUUGCGAUCCAUCAAAACUGAACCUCCAGAUUUCCAUUUUCAGAAAGAAAAUGAUUUGAAAGACCUGAAGACUUCUCAGCUUGUGCAAGAAACGUCUCAAACUAUAAAAAUUGAGCCUACGCAAAAAGAGUUGUUGCCAAGCGUGCAAUCUUUAGCUGAAAAACGGAAUUUAAGUUUUGAUCAGGCAAUUGCUAUCGAGGCCUUGACUCAACUGGCAGCUCUACCUCAAAACACCACUGCGGCCAUUAAAACUGAAAGUAACUGCGAACAUCCAAUUUCAAAACUAGCUGAAGCUAAACCAGCAUUCAACAAAGUAUCAGUUAUAAGCUCACAUAAAACAUCAGUAAUAAGAGCACCUGUAGCAAGGCAAGGCAAUGUCAUCCAAUGUAAGAAAAUAGAGCCAUUUCAGGUCAUAAAGUCAGAUUUUAGCAUUAAAAAGGAGGUUGAGGAGGUUGGAAUGGUAGUAAAACCAAGACGCAACCGAGAUGAGGAGGAGGUAGCGGCGCAGCUAGCAGACUUAGCAUUCAUUAUCCAAGCUAGACACAACCAGCAGUCGGAGAACAAUCCUCCGAGGGGGACACCAGUGCCUGCCAUAAAAUACAACUUCAGCUCCUCACAGAUAAAUGCUAUCCAGAAAAAGGCCAAAAUCACACCUACCAGGCCAAGGAAAAAGAAAACAAAAGAGGAAGGAGCUAAUCGAAGAACGCCAUUGUCGAAACGCAAUGGAGAGACGCCCAACAAGAGAGGUCCGAAGAUACAGUUACAAGGGCUGAAUCAUAAAAGGAAAUUAUUUUUACCACAAGCUCAAAUAGAUGUCAAGAAAUAUUUGGAAGAAGCACAAGAACAAAAAGGGCAAUUUAUACAUAAUGGCACAGCACUGUUUGGGAGUUCAAAUUAUACUAGUCAAAUGAGAGUGCAUGAAAACCAGCCGCAGUGCCUAGCUAAUGGGCAACUCAACCAUAGUCAUUAUAAUGGCUGUUUGUCUGGACACAUAGGUCUUAACGGGGAUGUCUAUAGUCACUCCAUACAACAUCACGGUUUGGUCAAUGGAUUUUCAAACCCUAGAAAUUCACCUCCUCCAAGUCAGCAGAAUUAUUAUAAGCUGGAGCACUCAGGCCCAGUUACUGUGCUGUCCACUAGCGCAGAUGUGGGUGGGGAUGUGGGUCAUUCUGCAGAGUCAACUCCAACCAAACACAGCGUCAACAGUUUUCUGGAGUCUCCUGGCAGCUUUCUGGACACGCCCACCAGGAACUUGCUCAACACGCCGUCGAAGAAGCUGAGUGACCUGCCAACAUGUCACUGUGUUGAUCAAAUUAGCGAGAAAGAGGAAGGCCCAUACUACACACACCUGGGGGCAGGGCCCAGUGUGGCGGCCGUGCGAGAGCUGAUGGAGAACAGAUACGGUGCCAAAGGAAGUGCAGUGAGAGUGGAGGUCGUUGUUUAUACGGGGAAAGAAGGACGGAGCUCCCAGGGGUGUCCCAUAGCUAAAUGGGUGAUCCGUCGGGACAGUGAGGAGGAGAAGCUGCUGUGUCUGGUGCGAAAGCGUCCAGGACACCACUGUGACAGUGCAGUGCUGGUGAUCCUCAUUCUGGCCUGGGAGGGUGUCCCCCGGCCUGUGGCAGACCACCUGUACAGAGACCUGACCGAUACACUGUUCAAGUACGGCUCUGCCACCAGCCGGCGCUGUGCUCUCAAUGAGGAUCGCACAUGUGCCUGUCAGGGGCUGGAUCCUGACACCUGUGGGGCCUCCUUCUCUUUUGGCUGCUCCUGGAGUAUGUACUUCAACGGCUGCAAGUUCGCCCGCAGCAAAGUGCCACGCAAGUUCAGACUGCAGGGAGACUACCCAGAGGAGGAGGAGCGAGUGGAGAACAACCUGCAGGGCCUGGCCACACAGCUGGCUCCUCUGUACAAGAGGCUGGCCCCUGAGGCCUACCACAACCAGAUCGAGAACGAGGCAUCGGGGCAGGACUGUCGGCUGGGCUGGAGGGAGGGCCGACCCUUCUCUGGGGUCACGGCCUGUGUGGACUUCUGUGCACACGCUCACAAAGACACACACAACAUGAACAACGGCAGCACUGUGGUUUGCACUUUAACCCGAGAGGAUAACCGCGCUGUGAGGAACAUCCCGGAGGACGAGCAGCUCCAUGUCCUGCCUCUGUACAAGAUCUCAGACAGAGACGAGUUUGGACAGGCGCAGGGACAGUGGGCCAAGAUCCAGAGUGGGGCUCUGCAGGUGUUAUCCUCCUUCCCCAGAGAGGUACGCAUGUUGGCAGAGCCGGUGAAGUCAGCGCGUAAGAUGAGACAAGAGGCUCGUCUGAAGGCCCAGGCCGAGCGGCUGGAGAAGAAGCUGGGCCUGAGUCCUCUCACUCCCAAAGUGAAACCAGAGCCCAGCAGCAAAGUUGCAGACCCUUACUACAGCUCAUACAAAGUGCCCCCUCGCCCGGCCAGCCUUGGCCAGUACCCUCCUGAGAGGCCCUAUCCCAGCACUUACAUCCAGAGCACCAGCAGCUACCCCCACUCCAGCCCUCAGAGGAAGGUCUACACCCCAGACCCCCAAUGUGCACACACACCCCCACCCUACCGGACCGCCAGCACUUCUGUCAACGGCUACGCUCCCGGCUCCCCAUUACACAGAAUACCUCCUCAUCACAACUUCAUGUUCAAAACUGAGCCUAGAGAGGUGCAUUGCUCUUCCCCCAGAGAUUAUGCCCUGCCCACUUCCUCCUUCUCCCCCCAGCCUACCUCGGAAGGCCUCUUUAGCAGGCUCAAUGGAGUCCACCACGGCAUUUUAACCACGCCCCCUCACGAGGAUGUCAAGAAUGAAGAAGUGUGGUCGGACAGCGAGCACAAUUUCUUGGACCGGGAAAUUGGAGGGGUGGCUGUAGCGCCCUCUCACGGCUCCAUCUUGAUUGAAUGCGCCAGAAGGGAGCUCCACGCGACCACUCCAAUCCUCAAACCAAACCGAAGACACCCGACCCGAAUAUCGUUAGUUUUCUACCAGCACAAAUCACUAAACGAACCAGGGCACGGUAUGGCCAUGUGGGACGCUAAAAUGGCUAAGCGCGAUCGGGAUAGGGAGGAGGAGGCGGAGAGGUUGAGGACGGAGGGGAGCCCGGGCAGCGCCAACGGGAGGAAAAGGAAGAAGGGAGAGGCGGAUGAUAGGGAGGAGGAGGAGAUAGAGAAGGUUUGGAGUGUCCCCACGCGGCAAACAUGGACGCUGCCGAGGGAUGGGGUGGUAACGGUGUCGCCGUACGCACUCACACACGUUACAGGGCCUUACAAUAGAUGGACUUAGGUUUUUUUAUACUGUACACGCUGUCACGACUAUAGGGCUGUUAUUGAGGGAAAACUGGUGGUAACUUUACAGUCAAAAUUGGUAGCAUGAUAAUUCUAGUGUUCAAAGUAUUCAAAUUUUGCUUAGUGGCACUUCACCUGCAUUACCUAUUAAAGUAGUAGUGUGGCAGGUUGCAACAGGAAGGGCAUCUUACGUAAAGACCCACCUAAUGAAUGUGCGAACAAAAACGGCAGCUAAAAUUAUUAGUUUUUCAAAUACUUUCAAAAUGUUCCAAUCAGAGGUGCACUAUGCAACUUUUCUGAUGGAUGUUUCACAGUAUGGCACUUAACUAUCUGUCAUGUGUUUUUAUUACUUAAAAAUACUUUGAAAAACAUGCAUUCUUUCCACAGAUAUGACCUGUAACUCUGCCUGUGGGGAGAGAUAAGUGUAAUGCUAUAUUGUGGAACAUUACAUUCUGUGGAGAGGCAAGAGGGACAGAAAAGUUACAAUUGAAAAUUGUGAAGUUACAAAGUUACAAAAUUGUAAAGUUGAAAAGUUACAAAUUGAAAUUGCUGUCAGAUUCUAAUGGUUUUGGCACAAAAUAUGACCUACAUACUGACCUACUUUGGAACUGCAGUGUGCUAGUUUGCAGGUGUCAAAAGUCACUGACUGACUGUAUAUCAGUUAUUUUAGUAAUUCAAGUUUUUAAAAUCUGUCAGAAUGCUAGAAAUCCAAUAAAAAAUCCACAAAUCUAAAAAAUCUCAUCAGUUUUCCUCAAGACCGGCCCUGACACAAGCGCUUCUGCCUUACCUCACUCACCUCUCAUUGAAACGUUCUUCUGUAGUUUUGUUCUGUGCUCUCUCUCUGAUGGGAAGGCCAAAGUUUGAACUGUGACUCCUCUAUGGGUUUUGUAGAGAAAAGGUGCUUAGAGGCAUUGGAACUGGUUUUACACAAAACAAAGAAGAUGUGAUUAUUUAUUCUGAACAUAUUCAUUUAUUUAAUUUCUGGUAAGAGCCUGUUUACUACAACACGUCUUUUUAAUGGGAUUGUACAGUAUUUUGGAAACAUGGGUCUAGCUGGGACAUUUGCAUGAUUAAUCUACUUGCAGUUUUGAGAUGCAGACAGAAGCUCUGAUAGCAGCAUGGUGGCAAGUUUGAUCACUCACAAGCAGAUUAGAGGAUCAGAAUAAAACUCUUUCAGUCAUAUGCACAGCGAAACAGAACCAGCUUGAGCCUUGAUUUAAACAUUGUCAAAGUUGAGGCCUGUCUCACAUCUUCAGGAAGACUGUUCCAGGAUUUAGCUGCAUAAAACUGAAAUGCUGAUUCUCCAUGUUUAGUCCUGACUCUGGGCACCAGCAGGAUGCCGGUCCCUGAAGUCCUCAGUGUGUGAGAUGGUUCAUAUGGCAGUAACAUGUGGGAGAUGUACUUUGGUGCUAGGCCUUGAGCUGUUUUAAUGUCUAAAGGGUAGACUAUUUUACCCUUCUCAGAAAGUACUGGAAUCUGUUUUCAAAAGUACUUUUCUCAAUAUUUGUACACACUAAAGUCAUUGCUUUUGUCUGCUUCUCCAAACGUCUACGACCUCUUAAACUGCAAAGGCCUUUGGUAGAUAUUUGAAGAAUGCUGGUUGUUUAGGCUCUAUAUGUAUUCACUUGCCCUGUUAGACACUUAAGUUAAACUAUUUAUUGCUCUUUCCUGCCCCUCCAAAGUACUUACAAACUUGCAUAUCUCUUAGACCACAUGUUGCAAAAAUACUGGACUAAGUGUGUUUUAGCUCUGUUUUAGCUGAGCCUAUUCUAAACAAGAGUGCCAUUUACUUACUACCACGUCACAUGUAGCAUUACCUAUUUUCAUAUUGCUGCUUCUCUCUGCAGUUUAUGAAUGAAAUGUUUUGUUUUUUUAUUUGGUUGUCUUCUAUGUGGCAUCUUAAGAAGCACUUUUUAUUUUAUCACUUGAAUAGGCCUAUUUGUAUGUACAGAGAAGAGUAGAGGGCAGUCUAUAGCAUGAACCAUUUUAUAGUGUUUUUAAGUUAAAGGGCCGUAUUACACUAUUUUCUGAUUUAUGUUACAAUGUUGUUUCCUCAUCACAAACAUACCCAGAGUUGUGUUUUCUUCCAUUCACGCAUGUUUAACACACAAACCCUGCAUAUUUAGAUUGAGUUCUUCCUCAACUGAAAACACUCUGUUCUACCUUGUGAUGUCAUGUAGUUAUACAGGAAGUGCUCUACUGUGUUUUUAAACUCCAUACACCUUCACUAGAAUCAUUUUGAGAUUUGGAGAUUUAGACAGACUAAUAAUAAAGGUUUACUCAAACAUGUGUGAAUGAAACAAAACACAACUCCAGGUGUAUUUUUGCAGAGGUAGCAGCAUUAUAACAUGGCUUAAGGCUCACAGGAGUUGGUUUUGCGUAAUAUAGGACCUUUAAAUCUACAUAUCUAUUAUUGUCACAUCAUGAAAUUAUGGAAUGCUGCAACCAAGUGCGUGAUAUCAUUGGCACUUAUGUACUGUCAAAGUUUAUACAAAUGUGUUUAUAGGGCACAAUAAUGAUACAGCGUGGAACUGUUCACUCACUGUAUUUCAAACGGUGCUACAGAGACCUCUAUUUUUACACAAAUCAUGGCAAUUUUUCACUUUUUAUACAGCAUAAAUUUGUUUGGAGUUGAAAUGUCACUGAAAAUAAUUAUGUGUGUAAUUUUUAGGAAAUGCGUUGUCAAUUUCAGGUGCUUAAACCCUUGUGAUAAAAAGGGUGAUGUCAAUAUGGGAUAUAUCUGGCAUUGUAAAUCAAUUUUGGUUUUUAUUUAUCAAUUUUUAGCACAAAAAGUGGUCUAUGGUUUGAAAUUUGAAGUUUUAUGAAAUUAUGUAUGAUGAUUUUUGCCAAAGCAAUUACAGAGUCCAUUCUCACCUUGGCGUUUUAUUCAAUAGGUUGUGUUCAUGUGGCAUUAUAACAUUAGAAAAGUCUAUUUUAAAGAGGGGGUAUGUAAUAUAAUGUUCCCUCAUCAAAAACAUGCUUGAAGAGGUUUUAAAUGUCAUCCAUGCAUGUUUCAGUAAUUUAGCUGUCUCUUUUAAAACAAUUAAAGGAAACAUGGUGAUCUAAAUAUGUUAUGUGUUAGCUGUUAAUACCUCCCAGAAGUAAAAUACCCCCUCUUUAAUUGAAGUGAAAACUGGUUUAUAGUUGAUAUAUCUGUAAUCAGUGGGCUAAUCCACAAGAAACAAAAAUAGGCACAUAUUUCUUUUUCCAAACCAAAAACGUGGCUUUCCAUGUUUUUUAGAAUGUGGUGAAAAUUUAUCACUCUUGCCAUAGCAAUGAACAAUUAAAAACAAAAUAUUCUGUCUUUUGAAUGGUGAAAAGUCUUCAAAGUGAUGCCUAUAAACAGGAAACUGAAUUGUCUGAACAAAAAAGUUAUAUCUGAAUUUUGCAGAACCACUCGCAGUUAUAUAUUUCUAGUACAGCCCAUGAAUGCAACCAAAAAUGACAUUUUUCAAUUUUAAUUUAACUUUUUCAAACUGUUGGCCACUUUUUGCAUCUCAAAUAGGCAGCACAAUGUACAACCAAUGUACCUUAUCACUGUUGACAUUUGAAAACCGUGCAGGUCAAUUCAUUUCUCUCUCCUACUUGGUGCUAAAAGUCCAUGCACUGACAAAACCUGACCACUGAAGGACCAUUUUAUAUGUCAUCAAUGGUGCUAUAUUAAAUCCAGGAAUCAUAGGCAUGAUAUCUCAAAUUAGUAUUUUUUUAAAGUGCCAGAAUAACAUUAUUUAUUUUGAAAAAUCCAACAUGUCUUCCACAAUGUUUCACAUCACAAAAUGCUAUGAAUAUAACCCAUUUCAAGUAAGAUUUCAUUUGAAAAUAUUACAAUAACAGACGACUGCACCAGCAUUUAAAAUCCUGUCAAAUUGUAAUGUAAAUAUUGUGUAUGUGAAGCAGGCUGUUUUUACUGUAUUGUUAAUGGUGUUUUUAGACAUUGGAUGAGCUUGCUUAUUUUGAAUUACUGUAUGUUGCAUUAUCAUAUCCUGUUUAGACAUGACAGAUACAUUUUAGCAUUCCUUCUAUGGAUGGCUGUCUCUUUCGGGAUUGUAAAAAUAAAAUCGUAUUUAUAUUUUGGACCUGA